AUGCCUCCAAAAAAGGAAAACACCAAAAAAUUAGAAAAAGAAAAGCAAAAAAUUGUGGAAGAUAAAACCUUUGGGUUGAAAAACAAGAACAAAAGUAAGAGUGUCCAAAGGUACAUCAAAGGUGUUCAGCAGCAAGUCUUCCAGACGAAAAAGAAACCAGACGAGAAGAAAAAAGAAGAAAAAGAAAAGGAAAAGCUAAAUCAGCAAAAAUUAUUGCUCAAUUCGAUAUACCAAAAAACUGAGAAGGUUAAAAAGAUUAACGAAACUUCGUCCACGUACGACCCCAAGAAGUCCAAGGAGUCCCAAAAAAUCGACAUCUACACAGACGUCCGAGACAACAAAAAUGACAAGGAAAAUGACACCAUAGAUCAGUGGGACAUAAACAAGCUGAACGAGGUGAUAAAUAUAAGACACAAAAAUAUUAACAAGACGGACAUCAUCUGCAAGUACUUCCUGAGUGCCGUCGAAAAUAAGCAAUACGGAUGGUUCUGGGUCUGUCCCAACGGAGGAGACAACUGCAAGUACAAGCACUGCCUCCCUCAAGGAUACGUAUUAAAAAAACCAGAGCCGACCGAAAAUGAGAAAGACGACAUUCCCCUGGAGGACAUCAUAGAGGAGGAGAGAACCAAAUUUAUAAAUAACGGCACCGCGGUGACCCUGGAAAUAUUCAAAAAAUGGUUAGCUGAAAGGGAAGAGAAAAAUAAACUUAAGAAAGACGAACAGAAGGACAAAACGGAGAAGAAGGGAAAGACCAACGUGCUAUCCGGGAAGGAGCUAUUUACCUACGAUCCAACAUUAUUUGUUGAUGAUGACAACGCUGCGAACACGAAUGAAUAUGAUGAUCUGUUUUAUGACGACGAUGAACAGAAGGAAGAAACUCCGGAGAAGAAAAAUUACGAGAAUGGACAAGUCGAUGAAAGUGACAAACGAGAGGAUGAUGUCCCAAUUAACACCGACCUUUUUAUGGACGAACUGGAUGAUCUGGACCAAUUGGAUUAA